AUGGAAGAAAAAACGUUGUACAGCAAGAUACAUCUUAAUUCAGCCUCUUCUCCUCAAUCUUCUUACCAAAUGAGGGACAACAAAACAUUCAAAAUGAAAGAGGAAGAGUUGUACAGUAAAGCGCAUGUGGCCGGGUGUAUCAAAUAUGUUGUUGACAAAGAAAGUGACGAAGACGUUGAACUGACUGCGAAUGAUAAAUUUUCUUGUAACCUGGCGACAAUGUUGGCAAGAGACAAAGAAGUGGUGGCAGUAAAUUUGAAAACUUAUUCAAAUUCUUGUAUUAUUUAUAUUUCUAAGAACAAUGCCUGGUUUAAAGAAGAUGUCGAAUAUAUCGAAAAAAUUCAAAUAUACCUGAGAAGUAUAUCUAAAUAUGAGCCUAUGACAUGGUUUGAAGCAUUAAGAAAGGAUGAGACGAGUGCUUUAUGCUACGAAGUAAUGAAGUACUGUUCUUCUAAGUUCGAUUCUAGAUAUGGGAAACUUAAGAAAGAUUUAAUCGACGGUAAAGAGGAACAACAUGUUAAAUCUUUUACAGAAUACAUUUCGAAUUACACUAAAAAUAUAGAUGAAGAGGGGAGACUCGCUAUAUCCCAAAUGUGUUGCUUUUAUUAUAAAGGGAAUAAAGAUAAAAAUAUUCCAAAAAUAUUUCUAAAGCAUAUCAAAGAGGUGGGAUCAUAUGUUGGAUCUUUUAUUAAUAUCACAGAUUGUGCAUGCAAUCAAAAAUACAAAACCCUAUUUUCUCAAGUGAAAUUGCAUAGGUUGAAUCCUGAUAUUAUUCAUAAGCCCAUAUGUUCAUGGAAAAGUAUUAUCCAUAAGCUUAUUCCUAAUUCCAAGACGUAUCAAGGUUUCAAAGAGGCAUGUUUGAAUGAUCGUAUCAUAUCGGAGAGACUAAUACGAACAUAUGAUUCCAUAGAAAGAUUGGACUUAGAAAACAUCAACAAACAUAUAUAUUUACACGCAGAACUGAACAUAGUGUCCAACAUAAUAAAUCAGAAAAUCAAAACUAGGUCAUUUAUAGCAGUAUCCAAGAAAUGCUGUUUCUUAUGUGAAUUGUAUAUCAAGUUUGCACAACAACAAGGAUAUAAUAUCGUCAUUUCUGGGGCACACAAAAAGAUAUAUCAUGCAUGGAAACACCCAGAUACAAUAGACGUCACCUUCAAGAGAAAUUCACAGACAUAUAUUCUAAAAGAACUCGAUCAGAUCAUAAUGGAAGAAAUAAAGAGGUACAUUGAUUUAAGGUCGAGAUCCGAUAGUGAUGCAGGGAGCGUGGAUUCUCAUAUUAUUGAAGAUAUAGACGAUUUUUCAGCCUAUGCCGAAUUCAAAAGUAUUGCAAAAAGUGAAUGA